AUGGGCAACGACGGCGGCAGCAUCCCCACCCGCCGUGAGCUCGUCAAAGAAGCCGCGCGCAACCCGACGACAACCGAGCUCAAAGCCGCGGCGGCUGAAGCCGAGCACCACCGGUGGACCGUCGACCCGCUGUCGAACAAGCCCCUCGCGCGGCCCGUCGUGUCCGAUGCGAAUGGACGUCUCUACAACAAAGACUCGGUCAUCGAGCACCUCCUCCCGCUCGCCGACCCGGACGACGUCGCGGCGCUGCAGCGCAGGGAGGAGCAGGAGAAGAACGUGCUGAAGGGUGCGGUGAAGAGCCUGAAGGACGUGGUGGAGGUCAAGUUCUGUGUCGAGGGUGAGGAGGAGAAGGGAACGCCUGAGGCGGCGGAGAAGAAGGAGGGCAGGCGGGGCGGGAAGGAGGUUUGGGUGUGCCCGGUUACGAGGGAGGAGUUGGGACCUGGCUCGAAGGCGGUGUAUUUGGUGCCGUGCGGGCAUGCAUUCGCGGGAGAGGUGAUUAAGGAGGCAGGGGACGAGAAGCUGUGCUUGCAGUGCAAUGAGCCAUACGCCCCUAACGACAUCAUUCCCAUCGUGCCGACUACCGAAGAAGACAUUGCGCGUCUGCAGCUCAGAGCCAAGACGUUGAAGGAGAAGGGUCUGACGCAUUCGCUGAAGAAGGCGGGCGGCAAGAAGCGUAAGAAGAAUGGUGACAGUGGCGAAGAGAAGAAUGGCGAGGCAACAAAAAACGGCGAAAGCAAGAAGGAGAAGAAGAAGAAGGCAGCCACAGCGGAUGGUAUCAAGAACUCGGCUACAGCGUCGCUGACUGCGCGGGUUCUGGCGGAGCAAGAGGAGCGCAACAAGCGGCGGAAGAUCGAGAACAACGAGAAUCUGAGCAGCUUGUUCUCGAAAGAUCAAGGCAACAAGGGCAAAAACAGCGACUUCAUGACGCGCGGUUUCAACAUCCCGGCGCAGGCCAAGCGCUGA